AUGAAAAGUUUAGAGAAUUAAUACAAACAAGAAUAUCCAAAUUUGAUUGCAUGUUUUAAAAGAAAUACUUAUCAACUGCCUCUAAUAAAAGCAGACUUGUAAGACUAGAUAGAUGAAAAAUUUGAAAAAGUGCAAAUAGAAAAUGAAUACACAAUUGAUACAAAUCUCAAGAUAGAAUAAGCAGAAAUCUUUAAAUGCUUUAAUCCUGAAGCUCUUAAUGAAGCAUUGUUUUAGAAUGCCACAAUCUUAAGAAAAUUUGGCAGAAUAAGAUCAUUGAUAUCAAGGGGUUAGUAUUUAGCAGUAGGGAGUAAUUUAGGAGCAGUACUUAAUUUUUAUAUUGGAGCUGAUCCUCCAAAUAAAUCAUAUGUAGAAAUGAAAAGUCAAUUACUUUAUGCGGCAGAAAUAUGUUAAACAGAAUAUGGUAGUGUAAAUUAAUUAAGUUUUAAUUUAUCACAAUCACAACUUGCUGUUGGUUUUGAUAAUGGAGUCAUAGGAAUAUAUGAUAUGAUAAAUAUGAAGCAUUUGAAAUGGGUUAAGGUACAUUAGAUAAGAAUAGUUUCAUUAGGAUAUGUUAAUGAAAAUACAUUUGUUUCUGGCGAUGAAUAAGGCAAUUGCUUUAUUACUAGAUGUGCUAAAGGAAGAAUAUUUUAUGAUUUGGAUUCCCAAUUCAUCAUAAAAUCACAACCAAUGUCCAUAAUUAGGUUUAUUCCUUUGAAAUGCAAACCAUUAUUCAAUUUUCCUGAAUAUACAAUUGUUGCUUUGGGUAAUGGAUACAAAUGUUGGGUUUUAAGGAUUCAAGAUACUAAUGUCACUCAAUUUACAAUUUUAGCAGAUUUUUAAAAUGAUGCCCCUGAAAAUAAUUAAUGUGUUUUAGAAUGGGAUAUUCUUAAGGUUGAAGAUAAAGAUAGAUUAGUAUUAGGAAUAUCUUGGACUAAUUAAACGAAAUCAUUUAUAUUUUAGGGAGCUGAAUAUGUGGAAGGGAAAAUUAGAGCAAAUUUUAAGUUACUUAAAGAAAUAAAGAUGUCUGCUAAUGUAAAAUUUAAAUACAUUAUUAGUUUAUAUAUAUGAAUUCAAUUUAUAAUGAUUUAGUUUUAUUAUUAACUGAAAAAGGAGCAGUAUAUACAAGCAACUUUACUAAUUAUAAGACUUAAAAAAUUAUUUAGAUGGAAAAAUUCGAACCUUUACCUCUUAUGUAUUGGAAAGAUAACAAAUAUGAGAGUUAAUUUAAUGUAUGUAUUUCAAACAAUGAAAUUCUCUAAGAAAUAUACAUUUUAACAAGCUAAAAUGUUACAGUAUUAAAAUACUAUAAAUUUGAAGAUAAGAUACGACACUUUAUGGAAAAUUAAUAAUUUUUAUUGUGUUUUUAAUUGAUAUUAUGCAUACACAAAAAAGUUUUUAUGGAAUUUGAUAGAUAAAAGUUAUUGAUUUUUGUAUAAUAGAUAAUUGAUUUGUAUAGCAAAUAGAUAGCAAGAUUGUAAAUAAGUGGUAAAACAGAAGAAGCUUAGAAAAGAGGAAUUUCUUUGGUUAAAUUUUUAAUUGAUAUUGGAACUGAAUAAUAUUUAAGUUCUAUUUGUGAUUUGCUAUCAAAAACAUUAACUGAUGAGUCAAAAUUCUUUUUGAGUAUUGUUGAACCCUUUAUUAUUAAUAAAUAGUUCAAAUUUAUUCCUGAUGAAGUAUUGUUAAAGCUUAUAUCUUUGUUGAAAGGUCAGAAAGCCAAGAUUUUCUUGCUCCUCAAUUAAUUAGAUCUUAAUAGAGUGAAUUACUCAAUUUAUUUAUAAGCUUGUUUGGAGAGCUAAUUAUUUUUCCCUAUGAUUUAUUUAUGUACUCAUUCAGCCAAAAAUGAAUUUUUGACUCCAUUAUUUUAGAUAUGGAAUUACAGCAUGAAGCAAUCAUAAUUAGAAAACUUUGAGGAAGAAAUUACAAGUGUUAGAAAAGUGAUUUCAUUUAUCGAGUAUAUAUUGUAAGGCAGAUUAUAAGAUGGUCAAUAAAUACCUAUUGCUACAUUGAAAGUAAGUUAGUUGAAGAAUUAUUUAGAAUACUAUUGAAAUGAUGAUUGUGUGGAUUUUUGAAGAGAACAAUUUAAGGAGAAUGAUAUGGGUAGAUCCAUAUGGGACUUUUUAUAUCUUAUAUUAAAUAAUGACAACAACAAAAUAAAAUUAAAUUGAAUUAGACCAUUCAAAAAAUUUGUAUAUAUUAUUGAUUAAUUUAAGAAAUGUGAUUUAAAAAGUAAUGAAAAUGUUUAUGAAUCCCAGUUAUCGUUGGAAAUUUUAAUAAUAAGAAUUUGAAGUCUAAUAAUAGUUUAAUGAUAUAAGUGGAUAUGAAAACUAUGAUGUUUAAACUGCUUAUUCAUUCUUUAUAAUUAAAGUUAUAUUCAUUUUGAAUUUGGAAGUAGAAUUUGAUAUAAUGAUGGAUAUUCUUCUAUUUUGUACAUUUAAUAAAUCGUUCUUGUUCUACAUAGAUUAUAGAUCAUAUGCAGAAGUUAUAGACAAAAGUGAGUUAGCUUAAUUAGAAUAACAUUAAAGUCAUUCAGAGAUUAUUGAAUAUUUUCAAUAACGAUUGAUACUAAAAUUUGUACAUAUUUUGGUUAAUAAAAUCUAAACACCAAAACACAAAGAGUAAAUAGAAAUGUUAAAUGGAUUUACAGAUCUAAAAUAAAUACCCUUGAUUUAAGCUUAUCUUUACUAUUAUGUAGGUGAGUAUCAAACACCUGUAUCUAUUUAUUUAAGAUCAAAUAAUAUUUUAGUAUAAAAAUAAGUAUUCAAAUAUUUAUAUGACACUUUAAUAUUGAUGGUAUAAAUUAUUAUCUAUUAUAGCAUGGCAAAGAAACAUAUGCAUAACUUAAUGGUAUAAUUGUAUCAAAAUUGUAAGAUCUAUUAAAUUUAGAUAUCUAAAAAACUAGAGAAUUGAUUUGUUAGUUUUAAAAAGAUAAUGAACUUUAAGUAAUAGAGAAAUUAGGUCAGAAUAAGAAUUUAUAAUUGAAAUAUAUUGAAACAGUAAUUAAGAAGGAUAUUAAUUCUGAAUUUGGAUUAAGUAACAUUUUGUUGAUAAAGCAUAUUGAAGUAUUUUCAUUAUUUGUAACUAUAAUAGCUUUUAUGUGAAUUAUAACCAGAAAAAGUAUUAUCAUAAUUAUAGAAAAUUCAUUAUCCUUUAGAAGAAGUAUUGGAAAUUUGCAAGAAAUUUAAAAAUAUUGAAUCCACUGCUUAUGUAUAUUGUAGAUUAGGAUUUAUUGGAGAUGCAGUGCAAUUAUAGAUUGUAUUAUUAAGAAAUCUGAUAUCUAAAGUUGUUACUAAAUAAAAAAAUGUUGAAAUAAUAGAAUAAAGAGAGUAUGAUGAAUUAGAAGAAAAAAUGAAUUAGAUUUCAGAAAUAUGUCAAUAUCAUUCAGAAAAUCCAGAGAAGAGUUGGUAUUAUUUUUUAGAUAAUUUAAUUGAGUUAAAUUAUGAGAUUACAGAAAUAAAGUUGAAUAGAAUUCUAGUCAAAAAAAUAGGACAAUUAUUUGAAGUAAUAAAUUAUUAACAUUUAGGAUAUAUCUACUCAUACUCCUUUAGAUUUGUUUGCAUAACAAUUAGGUACUAAAUAUAGCAACAUUAAUAUUAAGGAUUAUAAGGGGAAUUUUAUUAAAAUGGUUAAUACUUUCUCUUAUUAACAUUAUUUCAUUUAAAAUGCUAAAUUUAUAAUACAAAGAUUUUUUAAUAUGGAAUCACAGAAUUUUUUGAGAUCUCAUCUUUAAGGAUACUUUACAUUAAAUUAUUGUGAUAUUUGCAAUGAGUAAAUAGAGAAUAAAGGAUAUAAAUAUUUGUGUGGUCAUUUUAUUCAUGUUGAAUGUAAAUAAAAGGAUCAUUAAACAUGUUCAAAAUGUUUAUAAUCAGAGAGAUUCUUUUUAGAAUACACUAGUCAAAAAUAAAAAUUAAAAAUUAGUAGAAUGAAAAAUGAUGAACAAAUUAAAUAAAUAGAUACUAAAUAUUUAAGUAAUCAAAUUCUAUUAUAAUAUAAGAUCCUUAAAUAUAAAGAUAGAAAGAAGAAAAAACAGAAACAAUAAUUAACAAUUCAGCUAAACUUUCAUUAUAUGAUAUAGAAAGGGAAUAGAGGUAUGAUUUGAGAAUGGAAUAAGAUAUUAUUAAAUUAAUGAGAGCUAAUAUGUGA